AUGGACCUCAUACAGCUUGAGGAUGUGGUUGCGGUAUUGGGAAGGACACUUGCGGAAGACGAUCCUUCUCGACUAGGAUCAGAGCAUGACCUAGCAGUCGCUUAUCGGACGAACGGCCAAAUUCAGGAGGCAGUGCUGCUGCUUGAGCAUGUGGUUACGGUGCGAGAAAGGACACUUGCGGAAGAUGACCCUCUUCUUCUCGGAUCGCAGCUUGACCUCUCAGUCACUUAUCAAUCCGAUGGCCAGAUUAAGGAGGCAGUUCAGCUACUCCAGCAUAUCGUUGAGGUGAAGGAAAAGGCACUGGCUGUAGACGAUCCUUCUCUACUCCAAUCCAAGCAUAUGCUCGCAGUCGCAUAUCAAACCGAUGGCCAGACAAAGAAGGCUGUUGAACUCCUUGAGUAUGUGAUCUCUGUCGGUGGAAGGAAACGUGGUGAAGACCACCCUGCUCUACUGGUAUCAAAGCAGGACCUUGUAGUCGCAUAUCAAGAUAAUGGUCAGAUUAAGGAGGCAGUGCAGCUGCUUGAGCAUCUGGUUGCGGUGCGAGAAAGGACACUUGCUGAAGAUCCUUUUCUGCUAGAAUCACAGCAUGACCUAGCAGUCGCUUAUCGGACGAACGGCCAGAUUAAGGAGGCAAUGCAGCUGCUCCAGCAUGUGGUUAUGGUGCAAGAAAGGACACUUGCUGAAAACGAUCCUUCUCAACUAGGGUCUCAGCGUGAACUUGCAGCCACAUAUCGGGCUGAUGGUCAGAUUAAGAAGGCAAUACAACUGCUUGAGCAUGUGGUCGCGGUGCGAGAAAGGACACUUGCGGAAGACGACCCUCUUCUUCUCGGAUCGCAGCUUGACCUCUCAGUCGCUUAUCAAACCGAUGGCCAGAAUCAGGAGGCAGUUCAGCUACUCCAGCAUAUCGUUGAGGUGAAGGAAAAAGCACUUACUGAAGACGAUCCUUCUCUACUCCAAUCCAAGCAUACGCUUGCGAUCGCAUAUCAAAACGAUCGCCAGACAAAGAAGGCGGUUGAGCUCCUUGACCAUGUAGUUGCGGUGCGUGAAAAGACGCUGGCUGAAGACGACCCAGCUCUACUGAGAUUACAACACGACCUCGCCGUGACAUAUCACAGCGACGGCCAGACUAAGAAGGCGAUCGAGCUCCUUGAGCAUGUGGUUGCUGUGGGAAGAACACUUCCCGAUGAUCAUCCGGUUCGAUUGGCAUCGCACCGUAUUCUUGCACCGUUGCUGAUGGCUUUUCUUCAUCAAGAUCGGGGACAUGAGAUCCAGAUUACCGAAGAUGUUAUCAGGAUGGCUGCAGAGAAUAAGGAACAUGGGGAACGGCUGAUGACCCUCCUCAUUUUUUACCGAGGGGCGGAGAUAAAGAUCACUGAAGGAAUUCUCAAAGCCGCCGCGGAGAAUAAGGAAUGUGGGGAUCGGAUAAUGGCCCUCCUCCUUGACAAACGAGGAGACGAGAUCACGAUCACCGAAGAAGUACUCAAGGCGGCCGCAUUCAAUGAGUUUAGAGGAGAAUGUUUGAUGGGCCUCCUUCUCAACGAACGGAGAACCAAGAUCAGAAUCACUGAAGAAGUAAUCAAGGCAGCGGCAGGGAACGAGAGGAGUGGACAAAGUGUGAUGACUCUCGUUCUUGAUAGACUGGAAGAGACCAAGGACGCUGAGACCAACAUUAUACAUACCUGGACACGGGACCUUCAGACCAUCGGAUACAGUCUCGAAGAGGUUGCGUCCCUUCUACUACAAGAAGCACGGGACUCCCCUUGGAUAUAUUUUGAGCCCAACGACUUCCCUCGUACUCAACCGCAGCCUGGUCUACACAUUUUUCAAUGUUCCCAUCAUUGUUGCUCGUAUCGCCAAUCGGGGCAUGCUCGGAACAUGAAGACUUGGCCCCCAGAACAUCACUCAAGGACCCGCGGCCAUGAGGACAUAAUUGAAAUGAUUGAAGAGUUAUGUGGUUUAGCGGGCGUAAGCCCCAGAUCUCGAAAUAUGACUGAUUGGGUCGGAUCCGCCGAGUUCACCGAAGAAAAUCAAAUGGUAGCAGUGUCAUAUACACUACCGACUGAUCAAAGCCAUGUCUUCGAUUUAAAGAGCUUCAAAUCUCGUAUAUCUCGUGCUCUGGAAUACUUUCGCUCUGCCGCUGGCAUAGUACAGUCGCAUGGUCUAUGCUGCGACUCCUUUACUGUCCUCACGUCUAAAAAUCAAAAUCACAAAGAGGCAGCUACUCUUACUGCAGAAGUUACCCCUGUUGAUUUUCAACUUGUGCUCAAUCUGGCUGAAGCAUUGAAAUCGCCACCGGAACUACCUACUGUUGACAAACUUCUAGCCGCAUCUAGAGCAAUUCUGAACAUCGUCUGUCCAACACUACCUGAGUUACGGGGAGGCAGUGACAUACAAUACUGCCUACAUCUUUGCGCGUUAACAGUUCAGUUUCUCUGCCUUGGGUUUUUGUCGUAUACGCAAGCACAUAUCGGCCCUCUUCAACCAUUCUUCUUGGAGAAGCCCUUAAUUCAGGUGAAAUUGUUAGGGCUACGAAGGGAAGAAGGCUUUCCUUGUUUGAUAGCAAAGCUCGUUGAGCUCACCUGUUUGGGCAAAAUGACCCGUCGACCGGUUUUGAUUUUCCAAGCCGGUAAGCAUAUCGCACAACAUCAAACAUCAGAGCGGCCGCAAGAUCGACAAAAUAUCCAAAAAUAUGACGUAUUCGGCCGUGCUGAAUAUAUAAUGGAUACAUGGGGACCGGGAAAUCUCAUAUUUCCAAGAAAACCGUCAAGGCUCCCAAUUGCCAUCAAACUUGGAGAUGGCUUCCUCUUCGGAAUUGAACAUGAGAAAUGCCAUUGGGUCCGGGGAAUGAAAGAUAUGAUGAACGCCAGCGCCAUGGACCUUCAACGGCCGCUUCUAAUCGGCGUCUUGGUUGAAGUGAAUAAUAUGUGUCAACUGGACGAAGCACAGUGCCGGAGAAUUUCAUCUAGUGCCUUUGAACAUCUCGGGACAUUCCGCUCCUCAUGGAAAAAGGCACACCGGACAGGGGGGAUGACCGGUGGUCAGUACGUCUCUGCUCAAUAUUCGGUAGGUUGGGACAAGAAGGAUGGUAUUCCGAUCAAAGAUACAGCGCUCGCAAACCUGGACGAAGACCUCAUUCAGUACAUGGAUGACUACUGGGGCGUCCAAUAG